UGCAUAUCUUCGCAAAUCGUCGAACUCAAUUCAAACGUCAUCUUGCGAGUCACGUUGGGGCGGUUCUCUGACUCUGCGGUGCCAGGAACAAUACUUUCAGUUCUUCGCUUCUCGCAGUUCACUGGCAGUCAUCUCGCAUUCCAUAUAAAUGCGAUCUCGCGAUAGUGGAGGGUUUAUGUCGAUCGGUGCAAGCGUCAAAUCAUGGCGGACUGGUCGGUGUGUAGUCGAAGCGCCCUUGAGACCCUGCGAAGAGGUGCAGCGAGUAUACUGGCAAGCAAAUCUCGUCACGUCAACACCAACAGUAUCGAUGCGCACUGGUACUGCGAUGCAUAGAAACCUGCUCUGCUUUUCCGACUGGAUUCGCUUCACCCUUCACCGCUUUCGAUCGUGGUUGGUGGAUGGAGUCGAUCGUGGUUGGUGGAUGGAGCAGACCGUGGACAACACACCGCCGUAUCUUAAUUCGCUUCAGUACCACUCAUCACACAGACGUAUCGUUGCGCUUGAAGGCAUCUACUCGCCUGGAACUUCUACUUCCUUCUCGUGUCGGCCCAACGCUCACCGAAGGCACAAGUCACGCGCCCUCACACGCACCUAUCGGGACAAAUCGGAUCAGCUGCCGCCCAUUAACAUGUCUGUACGCGCCAGAACGGAUCCCGAAUCUGUAGCUGUAUACCCUUUACUACAGCUUUUCAUGUGUUGAUAAUACUGCUAUGGUGCGGGCAGGGCGGCGAUCAGGAUACAUCGGAUGAGAAGAGGUCGAGUGUGAAGACCGCGGGGUAUAAAUCGAGGCACUUGGUCAACUCGUACCUUUGUUUGCCAGACUGAGCCUGCUGAUCAUGUUCACCUUACCCAACUGCCUUGCCAAGCAGAGUGACUGUACAGAGCUCCGUAUCUAGACCAUACCAUCCAUCUUGCGCGCGGUAAACUUGCAUGACUUAGCCAACAUCGCUCCAAUACUAAGGCUCACGGAAUUGCGUUGGUAUGUCUCACUGACUAUUUUCGUAGGACCCAGAGUGAAGGAAAUAACAGGUUCCU